AUGAUAUCUUCACGCAUAUGUACUACUGAUUCUUGUAAACGAGCUGCCAGCGUUCUCUGUAUUGGUUGUGAACAAGAUUUUUGUAUCGUUCAUCUGAAUAAACAUUCGGAUUCACUCAUCACUCAAUGUUUACAGUUAACUGAUGUAAUUAAUAGAUUAUUCGAUCAAGUUAAAAACUCGUCGAUGCCUCAAUCAGUUUUUCUUACUGAACUUGACCAAUGGUGUCAAGAAGUACAUCGGAAAAUUGACAAAUUUUGUGAAAAGAAGAAACAAGAAUUUGAAGAGAUUUCUCACAAAGAACGAAAUCAACAAACAACUGAACUCGCUCGAUUACGAGAUCAAGUUACUCAAUUCAUUUCAGAACAAGAAGUAACGGAGAACUUCAUUGAUUCGAUUGGUGACUCAAUUCAAUUACUUCAACAUCAAAUAGAUCAAUUUCAAUCUUCUCAUUUGAUUCUGCAUCCAUUAGUCAUCGAUAAUGAUCUCGUUGCUUUUUAUCAACAAAUAUCAAGUUACAAUGAUCUAUUACCUUUAUCUUCUCCACAACGGUCAAUUGAACUGAAAAAUAAUUGGUAUUCUCUCGCUGCUAAGGAUAAUUUUCUUUUGGUGAAAAACGAUUCGAAACUGUGCAUAUUUGAUAAACAAUUGAAUGUCGUUAAAGAAACUAAUUGGACUCAUUCUGUUAUUGUCGAUAUGUUCUGGUCAAAACGACUCUCUCAGUUUAUUAUAAUAUGUUUUGAAAAUAUUUUCAUUCUCGAUGAAAAUUCAAUGACCAUCAAUCAAUUGCCAAUUCCUUGGAAUAGACGCAUGAAGAGUUGGUCUUGCGGUACGUGUACAAGUGAUUAUUUGUUUCUCUCAGUCCAAGGUGUCGAUCCAUGUAUGUACAAGUAUACUCUUCUACCAUCGAUUCAAUUAAUCAAAGAGUAUCGAUCACCCAUGUUUUUCAAAGAAGAUGAAAGAAUUCAAGAUUUAUCAUCAAAUAAAAAUCUGUUGGCUAUGAUCAUUGCAAAUAGGGAAAAGAAAGUACGCUUAGAUUUAUGCUCAUCAACAACAUUUCAACGAAAAUGGUCGAUUGAAUUCAAUGAAAUGGCUGGAUUGUGCGCAGGUCGGUGUUGUAUGUUAAGUAAUAAUGAAUGGAUGAUGAUGAAUCCAUAUGAUUCGGAACUUCUGCAUAUUUCAAAAGAUGGAAAAAUCAUCAAAAAAAGUCAAUAUGAAUCUUCACCUAUUCAUGCCGUUCUACUAGGCAAUAAUCAUCUCGUCAUCAUGACACAUAAAAAUAUUAAUCUACAUAAAUUUUCUUAA